AUGGAUUCGUUUAAACCUGGCUUGCACAAUGAGGUUUAUCCAUUCAUUCACCCUCUCAAAUUCAAGGCAUCGUUGCAAGACAAAGUGACUCUAAUUACAGAGGCUACCCUUAGUUCUCCUCAAAAUGCUGAUUUGAGAUUCGGGCCAGGGUCGACUGGAACAAUUGGUCGGGCACUGGCAGAGUGCUUCUCUGUUGCCGGGACUAACCUGGUCCUUGUUUUUAACCGAACUGAACCUUCUCCCGAUUUUCUGAAUCGAUGUCGAACUCUCGGUGCCACAGCCGUCACACCCAUUCAAUGCAAUGUGUCCGACUUGGACAGCUGCCAGAAUCUCAUAAAGGAAUAUAGGACCGGUUCGCUAACAGCCAAAUCCGACAAGCCUGACCUUGCUGACAAUGCUCGACCCAAACAGAUGCACAAAAAAGAUCCCACAGCUAUCCUUCAAGACUGGGCCAUCAAUUUAAAUGGCCCUAUGUAUUUGAUGAGUCUGGUUAUGCCAAGCUUUAUCCAGGCCCGAAGUGGUACUAUAAUCAACAUAGCCUCUAGGGGCGGAACGGUCAAUAUCCCCUUUAACACCACUUACUGUGCUAGUAAAGCCGCACUGAUACGACUUACCAGCUGCUGGCAAGCUGAAUUGGAACUGGGAGGUCAUGAUGGGAUUCAGAUGUAUUCCAUCCAUCCAGGUGCCGUGCCCUCACAGAUGACAUCUGCAGGUAUUUUGCUCCUUUAUAAAAUAACGCAUAGCUCUUUCCUAACCUUCCAUGAAGCCCAUUUAGAUGAGAUAAUGGGUCAAUACCCCCAUGUCCUCAAGAGAAUGGCUCAAGUGUUGGAGGGCUUCAAAGAUUCUCCUUAUUUGAGUGGCAUGGUAUCAGUGGCUUUGGCCACUGGUAUUGCAAAGGAUUGCCUAAAUGGAAGAUACUUUGAUGUCCAACAGGAUUUAGAGCAUGUAAUCACGCAGGCCCAAGCUCUGAAAGCUAAUCCGGACCUUUACACGCUGCAGGUGGGAUUCCUAGGUGGCUUACCUAAUGACGGAGGGACAGAGAAUAUAGCUCCAGAGAAAUCCUUUAUUUUCCCUGGGUAUUAA